GAGUCUAGCGGAGAAUAGAGUGUUUGGAUGUGAGCGCGACUGUGAGCUGUCUCUUCCCCCAGAUCGAAGAUGGCGGUGUCGGUGUUCCCCGGCGUGCGACUCCUCUCAAUCGGAGACGCGAACGGAGACAUUCAGCGUCACUCCGAGCAACAGCCUCUACGACUGGAAGUAAAAACCACACAAGACGCUGCCUUGAUCAAUUUGUCCAACGCGGAGGAGACAUGUGUGUUCAAGUGCUCGGUCUCCAGGGAGACGGAGUGCAGUCGCGUGGGAAAGCAGUCGUUCAUAGUCACCCUGGGCUGCAACAGCGUCCUGCUCCAGUUCUCCUCACCCGCAGACUUCUCCUCUUUCUAUAACCUGCUGAAGAACUGCCGUGGUCACAGUGGUGAGCGGUCUGUCUUCAGCGAGAGGACAGAGGAAUCCUCAGCUGUACAGUACUUCCAGUUCUAUGGCUACCUCUCCCAGCAGCAGAACAUGAUGCAGGACUACGUUCGGACCGGAACCUACCAGCGGGCCAUCCUCCAGAACCACACAGACUUCAAAGACAAGGUGGUUUUGGAUGUCGGGUGUGGCUCUGGCAUUCUGUCCUUCUUUGCGGCCCAGGCUGGGGCCAGGAAGGUGUACGCCGUCGAGGCCAGCACCAUGGCCCAGCAUGCAGAGGUGCUGGUGAACAGUAACCGCCUGGGGGAUCGGGUGGUCGUGAUCCCAGGGAAGGUGGAGGAGGUGACCCUGCCGGAGCAGGUGGACAUCAUCAUCUCGGAGCCCAUGGGCUACAUGCUGUUCAACGAGAGGAUGCUGGAGAGCUACCUGCACGCCAAGAAGUUCUUAAAGCCCAACGGUAAAAUGUUCCCCACCAUCGGAGACGUCCACCUGGCGCCCUUCACAGAUGAGCAGCUGUACAUGGAGCAGUUCACCAAGGCCAACUUCUGGUACCAGCCCUCCUUCCAUGGUGUGGACCUUUCUGCCCUGCGGGGGGCAGCAGUGGACGAGUAUUUCCGCCAGCCUAUCGUGGACACGUUUGAUAUCCGUAUUCUGAUGGCCAAAUCAGUCAAAUACACAGUCAACUUCCUGGAGACCAAAGAGGAUGAUCUGUACAGGAUAGAGAUUCCCUUUAAGUUCCACAUGAUGCACUCGGGACUGGUCCACGGCCUGGCCUUCUGGUUCGACGUUGCGUUCAUAGGAUCAGUGAUGACGGUGUGGCUGUCCACGGCGCCCACGGAGCCUCUCACACACUGGUACCAGGUGCGCUGCCUGCUCCAGUCGCCCCUCUUCACCAAGGCUGGAGACACGCUGUCCGGCACCGCGCUCCUCAUCGCCAACAAGAGACAAAGUUACGACAUCAGUAUUGUCGCCCAAGUGGACCAGACAGGCUCCAAGUCCAGCAACCUCCUAGAUUUGAAGAACCCCUUUUUUAGGUACACAGGCACCACCCCCACCCCCCCUCCUGGGUCGCACUACACCUCCCCCUCUGAGACCAUGUGGAACACUGGGGGGGCCUACAGCAUGAGCCAGGGCAUGGCCGUGUCAGGGAUGCCUACAGCCUAUGACCUCAGUACAGUCAUUGGCGGCGGCGGCUCAACUGUGUCCCACAACAACCUCAUCCCCCUGGUGAACACAGGGAUAGUGAAUCACACCCACUCCAGGAUGGGCUCCAUCAUGAGCACAGGCAUCGUCCAGGGAGCUACGACUGGCCAAUCGGGUCCAAGCGGCAGCAGUACUCACUAUCCUGUCACCAACCAGUUCACCAUGGGCGGGCCCGCCAUCUCCAUGGCGUCUCCCAUGGCGAUACCUAGCAACACCAUGCAUUACGGGAGUUAAGAAGACUUCUUCAGACCCACCCCGCCCCCCUGCCCUGCAUGUCUAGGCCCCCCACCCCUCCCAAGCCCCUAACGACCAUAGCCAAAACCAGUAUACCAAAACCAGUGCUGCCGAAACCCUUUCAGCACCACCGUUUCCCCUUUCCUGUUCCCCCUUCUCCGCCACUGGUGUCAUGCUCUCGUAUCCGUCCCUCCAACCGCCACAGACACUCUUUAUCCGUUAUCCGAGAGCUCGAUCCCUCCCUCUGUCGUGCAGUAGCUAUCAUGCUAUGGCCCAGUCCAGACAGCAGGUGGCAGCACUUCCUCGUUUUUAAAAAGGAUAGGAACAAUCGUAACGGAGAAGGUUUUUGUGAAUGGAGAUGUGAUCUUUGUUUGACUGGACCUUUGUAUGCUUCACACACACACACACUCUCUCUCACACACACUCGGAGACUCUUCAUUAAAAGAAGAACUCGUUGCACGACUGUACAGCAGCCGGAUUGGAAGUUUGACUGCCCCCCCCCCCCCCCCCCCCCACAGCACCUGUCUCCCGCCUCCAACUCCCCUGCCUCAUCCCUGGACUGGUCAUGACACAACCCCCCCACCCAGAAACCUCCUGUACUGAGCUGCGCUGCGAGGACAUAGGGUGUUUAUUCACUUGUCCAGUAGAACACUAUCAACACCCACAAAUGGACCUCGAUUUUGUUUUCAUAUCACAACUUCAAGGCACUUCUCCACCUCCCUGUAGAGAACACUUCUGUCUAGACAGACUCAUCCCAUUCCGCUCCCCCCCCCCCUUCAGCCAAGUAAGGUUGACCAUUGUUGUAGUCUUUUAGAAAGAGGUACCUAGGCUAGAUGUCUGUUUUUAGGAUCACCCACUAGGACUUGAAUCUCAGAUGAAAACAUCUACAGGACCCUGAAAGUUGUAUCCUGACCUCUCCAAUUUCACCUUGGGGGCAAUUUCCCCCAAUUGGCUAAAAGGACAUGGCAGCAUCCUCCCAUCUCUCAAGCCAAACUGGAUGGAAAUGAAGUGGGAAAGUCUGGUGGCAUUGCUGGGGGAGAGAAGACGGUCACACACAUACAGGCAGAGGGAUGGACAGUAAGGACCAAGGACAAUGAUGACGGCGUCUGGAGCAAGAGAACUGUGUGGAUCAACUGUAUCCUAGUUUACAUCCUUGCUUCGUUCCCUUCCCCCCCCCCCCCCCCCCCUCUCCGGCUCCUUCCUUCACCAUACUGAGACUGUGAGAAUGUCACUGAGACACUAAGGUGAGAUAGGGGAGUAGUGUCACCCCCCUACACCUCCCCAGCCAUCUUUGAGCUCCAUCAUAUCGUUAACCCCCCCCCCCCCCCCCCUGUUACCUCCACUAUCAGGCAAGCAGUUGCCCAUACUUCGGACAAAGACUUAUCGGACAUGUAUGCAUCGCUUCCAGUCUCACCUUUUUCUUUGUUUUUGUUUUUGGGGGGGAUUGAGUUAAUUUUGAAUUCAUGGUUUAGCAAGUUUUUAAGGAGAAGACAAAACUGUCUCUUGUUAGUUUGUAGGGUUAACUUUCUUUGUUUAUUUUUGGUUUCUUUUUUUUUCUUUUUUCACAAAAAAACUAAAAACAAAAAAAACACAAAAAAAGGAGGAAAUUAAAUGUUGGUGGAGAAGUUCCCAAAAACCAUCCACGACCACAUCGUCUUGUAGUAUUUUGAUUUUUAUCGUAAUUAGCAUUGGGUAGCAUGACGUUACCUGAACAUGAUGUUACCGUGUAGUAGCUAGCCUAGCAUUCGCAUAACCUUGUCAACAACUUAUGCUCCAUGUCCUCAAAUAGUGGCAUUGUUUUGAUGGAAAGUGUAUGAGAAAUACCUUGUUUCUCGUGCUGUUUGUCCCUUGUUCAUUGUCUUUUUGUCAGCAAUAACACCUUUCUCUCUGCCAGA